CACUAGACGGAAAAUGUCACGUCGAAGAAACAGAAAAGACACAAAAAGAAUACAAUUAUAAAGUCAUCACAAUAAUGUGCAAGUUUUUUGAAACGCUGUAGUAAUAAAACGAAAAAUAUGCAAAUUGGGCAUUUAGUCUGUGCAAACUAAUUAAAUUCGAGAAAAUUGUCAACGUAAAUUGUAAAGUUUUGAGUGCAAAAAAAAAAUAAUAGAUUGAUAUAAACAACAAAAACAACGAAAGACGACGCAGUAUUUUGUGUGUUGCAUCUGCAAAGAGAGAAGUGGGAAAAGUGCAAAACGAGAACGAACACUCAUAAGAAAUAAAAAGCAGCAACACAGCAGUGUAAUAAUAAAACACAAAGUAACAACACACGCACACACACACUCGCAGAUACACACACUCAUACAGGAACAUCACUGCGAGAGUUGUGUGAGAAAGAGGAGGCAGGUGGCAGAGACAGCAAUUGUGCCACACAUACAAAAUUCUACAAAAAAUAAAAAUAAUCUAAGAAAAAGAGCAUUAUAAACAAAAUGAAUCGCAGUGACGGCUUGGUUAGGCGCGCUGUCAAGCCUCGCGAGAACGGUGCGGAGGGCGGUGGCGGUGGCCUAAAUGCAAAUACGCCGGAUGACAAUCAGGACACGCUCGACAGCAACAAGGAUCAAGAGGAUAACAUCGAUGAUGGCGACUCGAAAGAGACACGACUCACGCUCAUGGAGGAAGUGUUGCUGCUGGGCCUCAAGGAUAAAGAGGGAUACACAUCUUUCUGGAAUGACUGCAUAUCAAGUGGCUUGCGAGGUUGCAUCCUCAUCGAGUUGGGACUGCGAGGACGUGUGAUGAUCGAAAAGUCGGGCAUGCGACGACGUGGCUUGUGCACAAGAAAACUGAUAUUGAAAUCGGAUCAGCAGACCGGAGAUGUGCUGUUGGAUGAAGCGUUGAAACACAUUAAGGAAACAGAUCCCCCAGAGACGGUGCAAAGUUGGAUCGAAUAUCUCAGCGGUGAAACUUGGAACCCAUUGAAAUUGCGCUACCAGCUGAAAAAUGUGCGCGAACGUCUGGCCAAGAAUCUGGUGGAGAAGGGUGUGCUCACAACGGAAAAGCAAAAUUUUCUGCUUUUCGACAUGACGACACAUCCGCUCAACAACAAUGUGGUCAAGUGCCGUCUGGUCAAGAAGAUUCAGGAUUCGGUGCUUUCAAAGUGGGUGAACGAUCCGCAGCGCAUGGACAAGCGUAUGCUGGCGCUGAUAUUUUUGGCGCAUGCCAGUGAUGUCAUCGAGAAUGCCUUUGCGCCGCUCAACGACGAUGACUACGAGGUGGCCAUGAAGCGAGUGCGGGAGCUGCUCGAUCUCGACUUUGAAACGGAGGCGGCCAAGCCGAAUGCGAAUGAAAUACUUUGGGCUGUGUUUAUGGCGUUUACGAAAUAGAUGAUCAUCAUACCUAAACCCUCUCCUUUCCCCCUAUAUGCCGGCUAGCAGCACAUACCACACACACACACACACACACAUACACACAAUCUAAGAUCCAUACACACACAUAGUAAACUUUGGCUGCUUGUUUUAAGAAAACAAAUGCGGGCAGUUUCGCAAACUCCCUUCAGUUCAACUUUGAAAAAUGACAGUGUGUUGUAUAGAGGCACCAUUAUCAGGAGGACCGCGAGAUAUAUAUGGCUCUUCAUAUGCAUAUAUAUUUUAUAUAUAUCUCUAUAUACAUAUGCGAUAAUUAAAAAACGCCGAGGCCUGAUGUCAAGCAAAAGCUAAAUCAUUCGUUCUAAUUCGUUCUUUUUAUUUUACUUCAAAUUCGAUUCGCAAUUUAUUUUAAAUAAACGAAAUGUUAGAAAAUAGUUCAAUUUACAAAAAAAUAUACACAAUAAAUGCCGUAUUAUUCCAUUAA